CCUGAUCAUAGUGGUUUGACUAAGGUAGCAGGCACAAAGACUCUUCCUCUUGUAACUGAUAAUGGUUUAUUUUGCAUUGUAAACAUAGUGUUUACGUUGCUGGUGGUGUAAAGUGUGUAAGGAACAUAAGGGAACGUCAGGAAGGAACAGCUAGACAUAUUUCUGGAGGUAAAUACACUAGAAAGAUAGUUAAAAGAUUCUGCUAAAGAUAAAACUACUUAAUUUUUGUAUGGCUUACCACCAUAUCUGUUAAAUCAAUGGUAGUGUGGGUGGGAAGAAUAGAAUGUGUUUACUGGGGGAAGAAGUAGAUACUGAAUUACAAAUUUGUUUUUCUUCCAGCCAUGUUUGCAGCUUUGUCAGUCUGUAUCACAGCAGAUGGAUUCAGCGUCUGAUCUGUGGCUUAAAAGAAAUCAGAUUUGCUGCUGUUCUGCCCCACCAGCCACAUCACCAGGGCAACAUGGCAUUCGCAGGCAAAUACGAAUUUGAAGGCGAUGAGAACUAUGAUGAAUUUGUGAAGAAGAUUGGUCUCCCCAGUGACAAGAUUGAAAUGGGAAGAAAUUGCAAAAUAGUCACUGAAGUGGUGCAGAAUGGAAAUGACUUCACCUGGACACAGCAUUUCCCAGGAGGCCGCACCACAACCAACUCGUUCACAAUUGGGAAGGAAGCAGACAUGGAGACAAUGGGUGGUAAAAAGUUCAAGGCAACUGUUAAAAUGGAAGAUGGGAAAAUAGUAGCUGAUUUCCCCAACUAUCGUCAUACUGCAGAGAUUGCUGGAGGAAAGCUAGUAGAGAGUCUGCUGUGGGACUUAACCUGCCCCAACUCCAUCCAUGAUACAACAGCACAAAGAGAACCUAGAACUCAAUGGAAAUUCCCAAUUAGAAGAUGCAGUCACCAGAAGAAAGGCUGAACACACAACUGUAUUGUCCUAUUGAGCUUUUUGACCUCCUCAGUAAAGCAACAGCGAUGAAACUGGGAGUCCUGCUGUCUGCUGGAAUUGCCCUUUCAUAUGCUGCUUCUGCUUAUCUUCGGCCUGUUCAUCCGUAUCUACUUCAAGAACUCUGCUUCGGGCUACAGAGCAACCGCCGCAUUGAAAUGCUAAAGGCAGCAGCACACAAGAGGCUCACAGGUGUCUCGGAAAUUACUUAACAAGCUUUGCUCAACAUAUUGAUCAGUGACUCUCCACAAAGGAGCCUCCAGAAAGGCAGAGCACGGCAUUUAAAGAGAUCACCACUUCAUCUCAAAACCUGAAAAGUGAGGCUUGGACUGAGACACGGUCUUAAGGGUGGAGACAAUUUUUAAGCCUCCACCCCCUACCAGCGUCAAGACCUGACAAACCAAAAGAGAAUCAGUGUAAACAUUUUAAGUGCUGUUAAAGACGACAAAUCUUCCUCGACAAUCUGAAAGACAGGCAGGCUCCAGACACCAGCCAUUAAUUCCCUGCAGACACAGCCCAUCACCAGUGACCUGGCCGCUUCACCUGGCGCCGCUCGUCACCUGGGCUCCGGAGACAAGAUUUCAGACGCGGUUCGGAAGGUUUUGUAACUGGGCUGAGCAAAGGCACUUCAGAUGCCAUCCCUAAAGGAGACGCUAGGCAAACAAGAGCCAAACUAAAGCUUUUAAGCAACCGCACGAACGUUUGGCUUUCACUGGCCAUUUGAACUAAAUCAGCCAAACAGCGAUUGGAGAGGAAUAAAACGUUAAAGGAUCACUUCCUUCAGCUCCCUUGAAGCAGCAGCUGGCACAGGCCAGUCUGCCCAGCAUUUAUCUUCAUCACGAUAGCACAUCAAAUUGGUGUUCAACAUGGCAUGAAAUUCCACGCACACGGGUUUUUUUCUGUCCAAUUUCUCCUCAAUAAAACUGCUUUCCCACUGAUACAAAGGCAGUAAUGAACUGACAAGCAGUCAGGAGAAAAAAGCAGCAGAAAAGUUAGCAAGUGAAGUGACAUGGUAAUAAGUCACACUAAUAACAAUCAGUUCUCAGAACAAAAGUGGAAUUCAUCAAGGUACUUUAGAACAACUCACAAAGCUUUUUGACAAUGAAAAUGAAGCACUGAUGUAAGUAUGCUUCAGGUUCUGAAAUUAAGGGAGAUGUUAACUGAAUAUGGUUUUCUACCAUGUCAGAGCUCUUCAACUUCAGUCGAGAUCUGUUCUGUCCCACAGGUCAAACAUACAACAUCUCCUGACACUCUCUCCUGUGUUUCUUGCUACCCUCCUUGUCACCAGCCAUGUCAGCUGCAAGACACCCAGCCAGUGCACACAGGCAUCUCCAGGGAGCUGCACCCUCCGUGGAGAGCCAAGCACAUUACCUUCUCAUUUCUGAAGCAAAAUGAGGAGCCUAAACCAGAACUACUGACUAACAGUCAA